AGUCUGUACUACGUGAGCAUACAAUUUUUCUUCUUUUGCGUUACGUUUAGGGGUUUAGUCCCGCUAUAUACGGCCCUGAGAGUGGCGGCUGUGCUUAUAACCUGCCACCCGUAUCCGAGGGAGACGCUAGCCAGUCGUCGAAGUAGUAAGACACCUGUCGGUCAGACAGUAGUCUAGUUAUUAGUGAGUAGUGGGUAGUCCGUAGUAUCCGCGGGAUUUUAAUAAAAUAUCCGCGUAAAGAAAACAGAUGGAAAAAUCGGCUAAACAAAUUCUUAAAGAGUAAAAGAAGUAUAGAAUUUCGUUUGCGUAGAAAAUACAUUCUUGAAUAUUUCGAGAGCGCUGAACGUUCCUGGCCGCACGAUAGCUAAGUAUGUAAUACAUACAUGCCGUGUGUGCUUAAUCGUACGCGAAGCAAAGUUGAAUUAAGAUUUUAUUAUCUUAUAUGAAAAGUAUAUCAAAUAUUGAAAAGACAUCAUAACUUACGUGGCUAAAAUAACUAUUCCUUGGCGAGAUGAGGAUGAACGAGACGCUAUCUCAGUGAUGCUGAAUAUCCUUGCGUUGGACCGCUGCUUCCUUUAUGAUUCCAUCUCACAAUUUACGAUACUCUGGUGGAAAAUUCUAGUCAAGAUAAAUUAUUACCAGAGUCUCUGUGGCUGCAUAAAGUAUCUGAGUAAUACAUCAUGAUGGAUUAUACAGGCGAUACUGGUAAUAAAGGCACUAGAUGGGUGUGUCCCAAUGAUAGACACCUUGCUCUCAGAGCAAAACUGCGCACUGGAUGGUCCGUAAAAACUGGAUCUCUUGAUUCACGAUCCGCCGAUUAUUCGUAUUCGAAUUCCUAUCCUGGUAGUUCGCAGUCUUCUGCCAGUUCCUUUGUUCUUAGUGAUGAGGAGCGCCAAACUAUUAUAGAGGUCAUUCGAAGAGCGGAAGCACUGGACCUAUCUGAACAGGAACGUGUAGGAAAGCUUGUAGAACGACUAGAAAAUAUGAAACGUAAUGUAACCUCAGUUACAACCAUUAGAUCAAACGGCAGAAGUUGCGGAAGUCGUUGUUCUGGUGGUCGUUGCAUAUGUUCCUGUGCCCUAUGUGGUGAACGAUUCGCUGUCUUGGGAGCUGGACCAAGUCUCUGUAAGGAUUGUCGAAAAUAUAUUUGUCAAAAAUGUGGGAUAGAAGCGACUCCUUCGUCGGCGCCGCCAUUUACCCCAACGUUCUCAACAGCAAGAGGAAAUAUAAUACCUCAAGGAAUACAGAGAACCAAUGUGCAGAAAGUCUUCCUAUGUCGCAUCUGCUCGGAAACUCGUGAGAUGUGGAAGAAAAGUGGUGCCUGGUUCUUCAAGGGUCUACCGAAAUAUGUAUUACCUGAGAAGAAAGUGGAACGCGGAAGACCCAGAGCAGGAUCUAGAGCAUCUGGAUGGGCUGUGGCUGGCGGUAUAAGACCAUUGGAAACUCUAGAACAAGAUUCAUCAUCUGACGAAGAUGCUACUCGUCGUUUGGCCGUAACACGUUCUUUGUCCGCUUCCGCUGGGGAAGCAGGAUCUAAUGAGAUGGCCACAAUAGCACAGCUCCACGAAGACAAGUAUCAGGAACACUCUUCAAUUUCAUCGAGUCGUACAUCUCCAAGUUAUCAUCGACAGAGUUCCGCGCCUGGAUUUGAAAUGGAUUAUUACAAUAGCAACAGUGGUUACGGUGAAUCUUUUCAAUCCCAGAUACCUUCAUCAGCUUCCACAGCAGGACUCGGUUUCCAGGGCAGUAGAAACGUCAAUAACUUCCCGGGUCAACAAACCUCUGUGGAUGAUCUCAGGAAAUCCUCGGUUGAACAGCUAAAUGGCUCUCAGGUACAUCUUCUCAGGAGGGACUCAAUGGACUCGAGUUAUCCCACACUGGAGAGGAAUUUAGAUCAAGAUCGGAAUCGGUAUUCGGAUUGGGAUCAGGAGAGUCUCGCCGCAAGCAGCGACUACACGAGCAACAAUAUCAAUCACUCCGAGCAGUUCAAAACGGUUCAACGCAAUCAAACCAACCCAAUGGAAUCAGGACAAGGUUACGGGACUCUGGAAGUCUCACUGCGAUACGACCCAGCGGCUCAGUGCCUCCAGUGCAGAGUGGAACGAGCACGAGGAUUACGACCUAUGGAUAUUCACGGACUUGCAGACCCAUUUUGCAAGCUGAAUAUAUUACCCAUAUUACCGACCACGAUCACCAAGCGAUUGCGUACGAAAACAGUACACAAGACUCGCGACCCAGAGUUCAACGAGACCCUAAACUUCUACGGAACCACAGAGACAGAUAUGAAGAACGGCAGUGCCCUACACGUCCUGAUUCUUCAAGACGAUCCAGCGGGACGAGAUUUCUUAGGAGAAGCGAAAUUUCCUCUUCACGAACUCCUACCCUAUCAAAUGAAGCAAUACAACGUCUUCCUGGAGAAUCACUACACGGUGGACCAGGAGGAGAAAGUAUGGGGCGAGGGUACCAAUCCACGAGGCCAAAUCCAGGUAUCCUUAAGCUACAGUACGCGACGUCGUGCGCUCCUGGUUAUGAUACAUUCUGCCGCGAAUCUAUUACCCAUGGACAGCAACGGGUUCUCUGACCCGUUCGUGAAGCUCUGCCUGACAAGAGAUCCGAAAGAAAACAGUACCCAUCAUACCAGGUCAGCAGGUACUACGAACGUCUUCAAGAAGGACAACAAAAAGCAGAGCGCACGCAACACUCACAGCACCAACGUCAAGUGGAAAACGUUGAACCCAGAGUGGAACGAAGAGUUCGCUUUCGAGACUCGACUUACGGAUCUCACCAGCCUCAUGCUAUCCAUAUCGGUGUGGGACAAGGAUUUCGGGAAGAGCAACGAUUACCUCGGAGGACUUAUGCUGAGCUGCAGCAGCAAAGGGGCUCGCCUACGGCAUUGGAUAGACGCGAUCAAGUUUCCAGAUCAUCGCCAUCGAGCUUGGCAUAAUUUAACUGAAGCCACGGUAGCUACCGAAUAAGUUAACUAUUUUUAUUAUACUCGUUAACGUAUGAAGACUAUUUAUUACUUAAUCGAAAAUCAACACGAGGUUGAUUAAAGUGGGUAUCUUAGAGGUUUUAUUCCUGGUGAUUUUGUGUCGUGUCCUAUUAGAUUUAUUUUUAACAAGGAUAGCGACUGAAAGUAAUCCAGCAACUGGAUGUUAUGAUGGUAAAUAUAGAAAAUAUAGUCUCGCUAGAUUGUAGUUAAGAUGCAUCACUCAAUGCUAUUGUAAAACUCUUUUUGAAUUCCUGUUAGUUUUGGUGGAAAAGGGAAAUUUGAGGGGUGCGUAUCCUGAAGUUAAAUUAAUAAUUUCUUAAGUCAAUAGUUAAAACGUAUAAUAUACGUUUUUAUAGAUUACUAAGUAAAAACUAUUUUGAAUCAAGUAAUUCUAGAAACAAGCAAAAAGAUAGGACUUGACAGUUAUUUGAAUAUUUAUUUGAAAGACAAAUACGUAGGGUAUAGUGUUUCCUAAAUUAUAAUUCCAAAAAUUUCAUAGGUUUAUAUAAUCAUAUUAAAGAAUACCUACACUCAGUACCGUAUGUCUUAAAUCGACAUUUCAAUUUCUCUAUAUUACAACUUUGAAGGUUACAUUAGUUACUUUAUCUUAUAACAGUUAACCGUUGUACAUACACUGAAAGUUAUGGCAGUCGUAUGCAUUUAUAAAAUAACAAAUUCUUUAUGUAUGAAUUAAGAAAAAAAAAAUAGAAGUUCAGCUAGACUAUAAUUAAGUAAAAUAUUGACGGUAAUGGUUG